GCGCGGGGCUGAGGCGGCGCAGCCCGGCUGGCCAUGGCGGUCUCCGCGCCGCCCGUCAUCGCCGCAACUUCCAGCGGCGGCGCGGGGGGCUCGGCGGGCUUGUUCCGGGCGGACCCGCUGUACUCCAGCCCCGCGGAGUCCCCGCGCCUCACCAACAGCCUCGUCAACACUUUCCUCUCCGCCGGCAGCGGCGGGGCCGGCGCGGGCGGCGGCGGCGGCGGCGGCAACGAGUGUAAGAUGGUCGACCUGCACGGGGUGAAGGUAGCCUCAUUCCUCGUGGAGGGGCAGGAGCUGAUCUGCCUGCCGCAGGUCUUUGAUCUCUUCCUGAAGCACCUGGUGGGAGGGCUGCACACGGUCUACACCAAGCUGAAGCGGCUGGAUAUAUCGCCCGUGGUGUGCACGGUGGAGCAGGUCCGCAUCCUGCGCGGGCUGGGGGCCAUCCAGCCCGGCGUCAACCGCUGCAAGCUCAUCACCAGGAAGGACUUCGAAACUUUGUACAACGACUGCACCAACGCCAGCUCCCGACCAGGAAGACCCCCCAAGCGUUCACUAGGAGUUGCGAUACAAGAAAAUGCGCGUCUCCUGCCCCACGGAGUCCCAGGCCUCUUAUCACCAGGACUUAUCUCUCCGACAGAUUUAAGAACUUUCUUUUUCCCUGAUGAAAUCCAGAUAAAGUUUGCAAAGCUCAAGACUCUUCAAAUCCAAGGUCUGACAGCAGCUGCCAUGGCAGAAGCCAUGAAGUUACAAAAAAUGAAGCUGAUGGCGAUGAAUAGCCUUCAUGGAAGUGGAAGUCAAAAUGGGACAGAAUCAGAAAAUGAAGAGCUCAAUUCUAAUGCAGGUGGGAGUGAAUCCUCCUGGGAUAAAGACAAGCUUCAGUCUCCCAUUACAACAGGAUCACAGCACAGCAUUGGUCAUCCCACACUGUCAGGGCAGUCGAGCCUUGGAAGUGCUCACCCACUCAGUCCUCUCCAGCAGAAUCACCUGCUCACCAACAGGCUAGACCUGCCCUUCAUGAUGAUGCCCCACCCUCUGCUCCCUGUCAGCCUACCUCCCGCCUCGGUCGCAAUGGCCAUGAACCAGAUGAACCACCUCAACACCAUCGCCAACAUGGCUGCAGCAGCACAAAUGCACAGCCCCCUCUCCAGGGCAGGGGCCUCUGUGAUAAAGGAAAGGAUUCAAGACAGCCCUUCUCCAGCUCCAUCCCUAGAAGACAGCCAGCGGCCUGGGAGCCACGCUUCCUCCCACCAGAGCAGCAGCGUGUCCAGCUCACCCUCCCAGCUGGACAACACACCAGACAGAAUUGCUAUGCUGACCAACAGCAGGGAAGGAGAACUCAUUGAACAAGAAACUGGGACCAGCCUAAAAAAAAUACAAAAGGAGAAAGAAGAGGUCCAAAUUGCCAUUCCCAUAAUGAAACCAACCUUAGAUAAAGUCCAACUGGCUGGACAGGCCUUGCCUCCUGGAUUUCCGGCGCCAUUUCUUUUUGCUGAUGGUCUUUCAUCAGUAGAAACACUAUUAACCAACAUUCAGGGCCUACUGAAGGUGGCUGUGGACAAUGCGAGAGUCCAGGAAAAACAGAUACAGCAGGAAAAGAAAGAGUUAAAGAUGGAGCUUUGUAGAGAGAGAGAGCUAAGAGAGAGCUUGGAAAGGCAACUCACAGCUGAGCUGCAAAGCAGAGCAACAAUUCAGAAACGAUUGAAGAAAGAAAAAAAGGCAAAGAGAAAAUUGCAGGAAGCUUUGGAAUUUGAAUCCAAGAGAAGAGAACAAGUGGAACAGGCGCUUAAACAGGCCACAUCAGGUGACGGUCUCAGGAUGUUAAAUGAUGCUGGAAUCCCAGACAUGGAAAUCGAACACAACGGAACCCAACACGACAGUGCAGCAAUGCAAGAAAACAGAACGUACAUCAAACCCACCAUUAUGUACUGAAGGAAAUGCCCAUUGUUGAGAAAUGUAUAACGAUCAUUUUGAAGACUAUACAGCUCAUGAAAAACGUCCCUUCCAACCUUUGAUGCCUUCAGUACCGUGUGAAGAACAGGAUUUGUAGCAUGAAACUUGAAGGACAGUUCCAAGCAAUUUACUGUUGCUGCAUCGAAAACUGCCGUGUUGUCAUUAAGAAAUACUGAGACUCUUUACCAGCUCACCACACCAAACCAGGCCUGUUGCAACACAUCAUUUUUAGGUCCCCGAGGAUAGAAAGGAGUUUUAGUAUUUUUAAGCACAUACAGGAAUUAUUCCCCCACCCCCCCUCUUCCCCAAGAACUUUGUUUUCCCCCUAAGGAGGUAGCUGUUACUGGAUAGCAAUGGCACAAUGAUUUUAAGCCACAAAGGUUCUCACUGGCUGUACAUCAUACAAGUCCAGUUUAUCACUGAAACUGUUCAACAUGGAGCUGUUUCGAUUGUGUUUAUAAAUUAAGCUUUGUUUACUGAAGCAGAUACUCGAUAUAUAUUACGUUUUAAAAAGAAAUGUGUGUACAUUUUUUAAAAGAAUGAUGUAAAAAUUGUCCUUUCAUUAGAUGACCAAUUCAAAAGUGUGAGCUAAACCCUAAUAGCUGACGUACUAUGAGGAUUAUAAUUGAUGCUUUUUUUUAUGCUCAGUUCAGCUUGGCUUUUGGUCUUUUAAGAUGAAAAAAUGAAUAUGCAGUAGUGUUAGAUAAUGGAAACUUUUAAGUAUGGUUUCUCUGUUGUACCAUAUUAAGUUAAAGUACACAUUCUUUGUUAAAAAUGUUCUUGCUAAAAAUACAGUAUUAAAAAUUUUUUUGUUUGA